AUGGAUGUGAAAGUAACUAAUCAGUAUAGUGACACGAUUAGUAUCAUGCUCGGAAAUGGAACAUUUCAAUCCAUACAAAAUUAUAAUGUAGGUCGACAACCAAUGUAUACUGUUUCAAUGACUUUUAAUAACAAUACCAAAUUAGAUUUGCGAGUAGUCAGUUUCUAUGACGCCGCCAUUAGUAUCGUAAUCGGUAAUGGAAAUGGAAUCUUUAAAAAUCAAAAGAACUAUACUGUUGGCAUAUUUCCCUAUUGUUUGAUCUCGAUUGAUUUCGACCAUGCACAGAAAAUGGAUCUAGCUGUUGUUCUGUAUACCGAAAAGAUGAUUACUGUGCUGCUUGGUGAUGGAAAUGGAACUUUCUCUAGGCAAAACAGCUAUACCAUUGUUCGAUUCCUAGCUUCCAUUAUAACAGUUGAUUUUGAUAACAAUAAGAAAAUGGACUUGAAUGUAGCCAAUCAAUGGGAUAAUGUGAUGGUAGCAACAGAUUUCAAUAAUGACAAAAAGCUCGAUAUAACCAUAGUUAAUUUUGACGAUAGAACACUCAGAUUAUUAUCAGGUGAUAGCGAAGAAAACAUCUCACCUCAAAACCUAUAUUUGACUGGUGCUGAUCCAUCAUCGUUAAAAUCUGCCGACUUAAACAAUGAUAAUCAAUUGGAUUUAGCUAUAACGAAUUUCGACAAUGGCGACUUGUCUUUUGUUUUGAAUAUUUGUGACUAA